AUGGCGAAUAGAGAGCAACUUACUUCUAACGCGAAUCCUCAGAAAGUUCAUCACAACCUCGGUAUGCUCAUCCAACCUCAGCAGGUCCAGGCGAGAGAUAAGCUGCAGCAGAAUAUUUUUGACGAGAAACGACAUAAAAAAAUCGUAUCACGAAGGAGACCAAUGGAGAAUGAAAAAGAAAGACAAAAAGCUAAAUAUGAAUCUUCAAGUACUGAAUUAAAAAAUCUCUUGGCUCAAUUUGGUACAAAAGCAAAAGUUGCAGAUGAACUAGAGAAAGAUGCAUCUAAACUUCAUAGUAGUAUAGAAAGUUUGUUAGAAAAAGUUCAAAGCAAAACUAAUAAGUUAACGGUAGACAAUAUCAUGACUGCUACAAGGAUUCCUACAAGGACUCAUAAUUAUA